GAGAAUUUGAACAAGUGAGUUGAAAAGUAGCGCACACACACAAAAGCAGAAAUUGUGUGGUUGUUAAUGCGUUAAACAAAUCGCCAAAAUAAUAAACAAGUCACCAAAAUUAUCUUGUUGUGUAUGAUAGUAACUUUGUCGGACAGAGGGAGUAAAAAUUUGUUUUACGCUCAAGAUUACAGUGUCUAGAAGUGUGACUGCUUGUUUAAUCUGCUUUCUAACAGGCCCUGGCGAAGACAUUGACCAUACCACAAUUAGCUUACCUCAAGGAGCAAUUCACGUUAUUAGGGCCAAGCAAAAAUGGGAAUAUAUCUCUACAAAACUUUAAAAUGGCUGUGACUAAGAACUCAACUGACGCAAUGAAGGAUUCUAGGGUCUUGGAAUUUGUUAGCACGGUGAGUUCUCUCCAAUAUAGGAAGUUGGAUUUCGAGGAAUUCUGUGCUGCAGCAAUAAGUGUUCAUCAGCUAGAAGGAAUGGAAAGCUGGGAACAGCAUGCUCGACGGGGCUAUGAGUUUUUUGAAAAAGACGGGAACAGACCUAUUAUGAUAGAAGAACUUGCCUCAGAGCUCGGACUUAGUCCUUCGGUUCCAGUUCAUGUAGUUCUGCAGGACUGGAUAAGACAUUCUGACGGAAAGCUCAGCUUCUUGGGGUUUGUCAGGCUUCUGCACGGUCUCUCAGCCCGAGCCCUCCAAAAGGCUUGAUCAUCCUGCUCGACUAAAUGAAAUGCAUCCAUCUUUGAACUAAUCCAUGUCAGAGAUAGAGUUCUUCGUGUCCAACGGGGGAGCCUACGCCACGCCUUUACUAUUGACAGGGCUGGUCAAGGAUAUGAUCAAGCUACAGCUUAAUUCGAUCAUUCAAAGCCAUUUGCAGCAUAUUCAGUUGUGAGCAUGCAUCUCUGGGUUUCUCAGAAAUUUUUAUUUUUCUUGCAUAUUAUCUGGUGCCAUCAGAUGUAGAGGAUUGUACAGAGGAAGGGUAGGUUAAAAAGUGUAUGUAGAUGAUUUAAGCUCAGCACUGCACUGAAAUUAAAUGAGUUUCUGUGGCUUUGGAUGUAUUCCUUGUGCACUCAACUUUCUGAAUAAAAAUUUAAAUUUGUUGUGGCCCA